AACAAGAUGAAGACUUACCAGUUGUGUGUCCUCAUUGGCCUUGUGCUCAGGGUUCACUCAGGUCCUGUAACACCAUCUAUUGACGAUAAGGAUCUUCAUCAUAAGGAUGAUGAAGAAUUUGCAAAGAAUUACUUGAAAAAACUGUACAACAUGGAAGAAGAGAACGAGUUGUCUUUUGGACGCAAGAUCAGUGAGAUGAGCUUGAAGCUGGGUGAGAUGCAGCAGUUUUUCGGCUUAAAGGUGACAGGAACUCUGGACGAUGAAACGAUGGAGAUGAUGAAGAAGCCUCGCUGUGGGGUUCCAGAUGUGGCCUCUUACAGAGCCAGACCUUUAACUUACAAAUGGUCUACAAACAAAUUGACUUACAGGAUUGAGAAUUACACACCUGAUAUGUCCAUUGCUGAAGUGGACAACUCCAUUGAGAAAGCGCUGCAAGUCUGGGCUCGUGUCACUCCUUUGAGGUUUACCCGUAUCUACAGUGGUGUAGCUGAUAUCAUGAUCUCUUUUUUUGUCAGAGAUCACAGAGAUGGCUCCCCAUUUGAUGGACCUAACGGUAUCUUGGCUCAUGCAUUUUUUCCUUCUCCUGGCAUCGGUGGAGACGCCCAUUUCGAUGAUGAUGAGACAUUCACCUUCAAAUCUUCUAGGGGAUACAACUUGUUCUUAGUCGCUGCCCAUGAAUUUGGACAUUCUCUGGGCCUUGAACAUUCCAAUGUUCCUGGUGCUCUAAUGUUCCCAACGUACAGCUACACUGAUGUUGACAAGUUUGUUCUGCCCAGAGAUGAUGUUAAUAGAAUCCAAGCCCUGUAUGGCUCAAACACUGAAAAACCUGUUGACCCUGAUAAGCCUGAGCCCACCCCUCCAGUCACCCCUAAUGCCUGUGACCCCAAUCUGGUCCUGGAUGCUGUUACAACCCUUCGUGGAGAGAAAAUCUUUUUUAAAAACAGGUUCUUCUGGCGCAGUCACCCUCAGCUCACCUCGAUCGAACAACAUCUAAUCACGUUCUUCUGGCCACAACUUCCUAAUAGUAUCGAUGCUGCUUUUGAGGAUCCAUCAGCUGAUCGGGUGUACAUCUUCAAAGGUCAGAAAGUCUGGGCUCUCAACGGGUAUGACAUUGUGAAACGUUUGAAUCUUGGUAGCUUCAGGCUGCCAGCUUCUGUGAAGAGGAUAGACGCUGCACUUUAUGACAUAAAUUCUAGAAAGGUGUUGUUUUUUGUUGGCAGGUCAUACUACAGCUAUGACAUGGACAGGAGGGUGAUGGACCGAGGAUCCCCGAAACCUGUGGAACAAAUCUUCCCAGGAAUGUCAGGAAAGGUUACUGCAGCUUUCCAGGAAAAUGGUAAUACCUAUCUCUUUAGCGGGGCGCGUGCUUUUCGUUUCAGUAACGGAAGGCUGGUGAAUGUGCUGAGAAGCAAUCAGUUUUUGCGGUGCUAGUUUUUCAUAUUUAAAUGCCUCACAGUCGGUGGGGAAAUCCAGUGGUAAAGUAAAUUAUUAAACAUUUUACAUGGCAUUAUACUUUAGAACAGUAUUAACUUAUUUAAAGCAUAUCAUUCAACUUUUUUCAUGUUUUAUUGUGCAUGUAACUGUUUUGUCAUUUAUGAUUUGUGUUUUUAAAAUAAAACUUUUUUUGCAAUUUCAA